AUGCCUAAGCCUGACACUUCGGCUUCAGAGAAGCCGGUCUCUGAACCUUUACCAGCCGUGGUCAGAUGGAAGGUACUGAAGUUUUAUCCGGGCUACAAUACGAGGUUACACAACGUUUGGUCUGUGUUAGAUGCCGCCAUUGCGAAAGGCAUCAUCGAAGCGACAUCAGUUACCAAAUACAAAUACACAUUGCAUGAACAGAUUCCCAAAGGACUUUGUUCCUCAUGGCCCUUUGAAAUGGCAGUGCAACGCGUUUGGCUGCCUGGAAAGGCUGUAUGGUACAAGUGUUACCCGCUUCAAAUAACCAAAGAGUGGCUAGUUCGAGUGGAUUACUUUGGAGAGUACCCGGCACCCCAUGGGGAGACGACGGCUACCGUAAAGAAGAUUGACAAAGGGAGUUCUUUGGAAUUUUUCAAAUUCAGUGUAAAGACAGGACUAUUCAGUGAGAUCGAAGAAGGAGAUGAGUCGAUCAAAAGGAUUCAACAAGACCUCAGUCAGACACCUAUACGAGCUCUGAUCAAGUCUACGGUUUAUCAUCGAGGGAUUUGCGAUCUCGACUAUUACGAGACUUUUAAGUCUGACCUGGAAUGGCUUGAUUGGGAAAAGACGAAGUACGCCGAGUACAAGAAAAGAGAAUACGAGAAGAAGCUACCACGUCGUUCCCUGAUCACAUCUUCGAACACUGGGAAAACUGAUCCUAAAGCUACCAAGGAUAAGGAUACAUUACCCAAUGAUGUUUCUGGUCCCCCAAGAGCGCCUGCGCCUUCACCACCGGACGAAAGCCACUCUGAAGAGCUUCCUGCUGAGAAAGGGCCUACAUCUGGUGACCAAGCUGCAUCUAUCGAUCAAUCUGCAUCUGAUGAACAGCCUGUACCUGAGCUUCAGCCUCAUCCUGAAGGACAGCCUCCGCCCGAAGGGCAGCCCGCACCCAAGGAACAACCCGCAUUUUUGAGGAAGCUCAAAUUUCCGAUAAAAGCCGCACCUAUGAGGAAGCCCGCAUCUAUAAGGCAGCCCUCACCUAGGAGACAGCCCAUAUCUAAGGGACAACCUCUCCCUGAACAACCGCCAUCGCCUGAGUCAUCCUGCAGCGGGCGGCACUGCACCUAG